CAGGACUCUUAAGUCGGGAGAAGUUUGCGCACAGCUCACAGCUGGGCGAGGGAAGGAAGGCGCCGGGAAAGCCAGCCCCCCAGACGCUGGGUGGGCUGCGCCGCCCGGCUCGCGGACCUUCCUGACUUGCAGAGGGGCUCACCGUCCGCCCCUCACCGUGGGGCGGACAUCUCCUGCUCAGGAGAUGGGCGCUGUAGCUUGAGUUACUGAGUCUCUGGAGCCACCACCUGCGAACGUCCUUCGCUUCUCCUGAGCUGUGCCCGGCCGCCCACUGAGAGUAUUCCAGAACUUAGAAGAAAAUCAUCUUCCAACACCGAAAAUGAAGUUCACACUUACUCGCUGGUGCUUGGUACUCUUCAUCUUUCUAAAUCAUCCAACUCCAAUUCUUCCUGCCUCUUCAAAUAACACCUAUCCUCCCACGAUGGAGUCCGAGCCAUUUCUGUACAUUGUAGGACGAAAGAAAAUGAUGGAUGCACAGUACAAAUGCUAUGACCGAAUGCAGCGGUUACCCCUCUACCAAGGAGAAGGUCCCUAUUGCAACCGUACCUGGGAUGGAUGGUUGUGCUGGGAUGACACACCAGCUGGGGUUUUAUCCCAUCAGUACUGCCCGGAUUAUUUCCCAGACUUUGAUCCAACAGAAAAGGUUACAAAAUACUGUGAUGAAAAAGGGGAUUGGUUUAAACAUCCUGAGAACAAUCGAACCUGGUCCAACUAUACUAUGUGUAACGCUUUCACUCCUGAGAAACUGAAGAAUGCAUACAUUCUGUAUUAUCUGGCUAUUGUGGGCCAUUCUAUGUCGAUUUUCACCUUGGUGAUUUCUCUGGGGGUUUUCGUGUUUUUCAAGAGCCUUGGCUGCCAAAGGGUAACCCUGCACAAGAACAUGUUUCUGACUUACAUCCUGAAUUCUAUGAUUAUCAUCAUCCACCUGGUUGAAGUAGUGCCCAACGGAGAGCUCGUGAGAAGGGAUCCGGUGAGCUGCAAGAUUUUGCAUUUUUUCCACCAGUACAUGAUGGCGUGCAAUUAUUUCUGGAUGCUCUGUGAAGGGAUCUAUCUUCACACCCUCAUUGUGGUGGCCGUGUUCACUGAGGAGCAACACCUGCGGUGGUAUUAUCUUCUGGGCUGGGGGUUCCCGCUGGUGCCAACCACUAUCCAUGCUAUCACUAGGGCACUGUACUUCAAUGACAACUGCUGGCUGAGUGUGGAGACCCAUUUGCUUUACAUCAUCCAUGGCCCUGUCAUGGCGGCUUUGGUGGUCAAUUUCUUCUUCUUGCUCAACAUCGUCCGUGUACUCGUGAGCAAAAUGAGGGAAACCCAAGAGGCGGAAUCGCACAUGUACCUGAAGGCGGUGAGGGCCACUCUGAUCCUGGUGCCCCUGCUGGGGAUCCAGUUUGUUGUCUUUCCCUGGAGGCCCUCCAACAAACUGCUUGGGAAAAUAUAUGAUUACCUGAUGCACUCUCUGAUUCAUUUCCAGGGAUUCUUCGUUGCAGUGAUUUAUUGCUUCUGCAACAACGAGGUCCAGACCACCGUGAAGCGCCAGUGGGCCCAGUUUAAAACCCAGUGGAACCAGCGUUGGGGGAGGAGCAAUAGCAACAGCCGCUCUGUUGCCAUUGCUGUAGUGGCUGAGGCCGGCGACAUCCCUGUUUACAUGUGCCACCAGGAGCCAAGGAACGAAGCCGCCAACAACCUGGACGAUGAGGGCGCGGAGGUCAUCGCUUUGGAGAUCAUAGAGCAAGAGUCCUGCGCUUGCCUGUGAAGCACAUUCAGCACCAUGAUCACUGAGCCCUCACCCCCUGGGAGACAGACCGACCAUGCGUCUAAAGUGAUUCCCAUCCUCCCAGGAGCCGAACAUAUCAUCUGUGAUGAAUUAUUAAGUGAAUUUGUCCAUAGUGAUUCUGAAGAAAGUUAUUCUUGGUACUAUUGCUGUGGGAGACAGUCUAGGAAUUGAGUCUCCCUCUGCAACACUUGUGAACUCCAUCUUUCAUCCAGGACUGAGUUGCAGAUGUCUUGGUUAUGCAAGCAAAGUAUCUAAGAAAAACGCAACUAAAUUGACCUAGUUCAGAAACAGGGUGCUCCUUGUUAAUCUUGAGCCAUUUAUACCUUUGGAAAAUUAAAAUCACUGUCAAUAUUUUUCUUUUUAACUCUAGACUUUGAAUUAGAAUAUUUCUGUAUUUGGCUAUGAAUCCAAUUUUUAAUUUUUUUUUAAUUUCAAUCAAUUCUGAUGUUAUUCAGAUGUUUAACCAUCCACACAAUGUAAACUGCACAAAUUACAUGGCCUCUGCCAGACAAAGUGGCUUUCUAAUAUAGAGAUGACUGAGUGUGUGGGGAGAAGGCCUGUGUUAGGCAGGAAGAUCUAAUGCUUUGAAUGAAAAAGAAAUUUAUAGAGUCAAUUUGCUGGAAGCAUUAGAUGGGCUGAUUUUGUAAUUGGUUUGUUAGUAUCGUAUGCUCAGUGUGGUUGUGGUAAUCCCGUCAAUGGGGCAGGCCCUCACUGCUGUGAAGAACUGGCCUUCUUGUUGAAUAAGCUUUGGUCACUGGCAUUUACCAGUUGGGAGGUCACAAAGAGUCCAUCAUCAACUUUUUCACAAAACUGCCAAAAAUAUAUGUCCCCCACUUUCCUAAACUCUAUAGGAUUUAUAAAGCAAAUCACUCCGAGGUUUAUAAAGCAGAUUACCUCUUGCCCUUGGGUGCUAUCUAACAGUAAAAGAUAAAUUUGCUUAAGACUGGUCAUUAAAAGACUCCAUAUAAGUACAUUAACUGCCUUCCACCCAGCUUCAAAGCUUAACAAGACCUCAGUCUUUUCCAGGAAGAUUUAGUAAGUCUAAUUUAGGAAUCAGUUUGCAGUUGACCUCUUGUGUGCUAUUAGGAAAACAGGAGGGGGAAAAACUUAACUGCUACAAGUUUAACCAUACACCAAUGCAUUUAAAGUAAAAGUAGAGUUUCUCAUUAAAACCCAAUAUUAUAUUUCCACAUCUCUCUUUACUUUCUCAGUAUAAAAUCUUCAAAAAUCCCUGAAUAAACCCAUUACCAUCACUGGCACCUGGAAUUAAUUUUUGAAUUUGCAACAGUAAUCAGUUAUGGUUAUUUAAUUUGUAUGCUAAAUGAGGAGAUAGACCGAAACCCUCCAAAUCUCCAAAUCUCAUCUAUAUGCCACUGCCUUUCAGAAGUGAUGUGGUUGUGGAAAAACAAAAAAUUGAUUUGUUCUAGUUACAUAUUUAGUGCACCCCCAAAAAAUUAUGUUCCUUCAGUGACAAUGAAUUUUGGAUACAAAAGUAGCUUAAGUCUCCUUUACAGAAAGUAAGGGAGUUGUUGAAAAGAAAGUAUUUUUCCAAUCACAGUGUUUAUGUAGUAGUGUUCCUAUUUUUGUUUACAAACAUGGAAAACAGAGUAUUUCUGGCAGCUCUAGUACAAAUGUGAUAAUAUAUUGCUGAAACAUUCUAGAUACUAUUGUGAUAAUAUAGUAGGGGCUGAAGAAAAUGAAACGGCUUUCUGUAGAAUUAUACAUAGUGCCAAAAUGAUGUGAAAUGCUUACGCUAUGUAUAUGUUUAAAUUAAUACAGAGUAUAUUAUAAGCAAAAAGGUGUGUUUUACAUAUUUUUCAAAAGAAAUAACAUUCUCCAUCUUUUCAUUCAUUCAUCUUGUCUCCUGCUCAUUCCACAUUCUCUUUCUCUUUUCAGCGCAGGCUGCUAAUACCCCAUCUUGUUUGCAUUGUAGAAGAGGGAAAGAGAAUCCAAAAGAAUAGGACAGAAAAUUCUGCACAAAAACAUGAAGGUGAUUAUAUCUGUCAGUGUAAUCAUCUUCAAUCUCUACUUAACUAUAAACUCCAAAACACAGUUCUCAUGCCCUUGACAAUCUGGGGAAACACAGCAAAUAAAUCUAGGGCAAAAAAAUAACACACCAUUUCAUUGCUCCUGGCUUUUUCCCCCCAUUAUUCUGGGACCAGACUUGAACUGUCCAACAUCAGAUUAGAAUUGUUACAAUCAUUGAUUUGUAUUAGUUUGGGAGAGAAACUAAGGUUGGGAAAAAGGGAACUAAUUAAAUAUCAUUAGAAUGCAGAAAGGCCACUAUUGGGAAGAUUUUCAGAUCUGGAAAGCUUGAAAUGGAAAAAAUGAGGAUUAAAUGAGAACUGUGAUGGACUAAUAAUGGGGAACAAGAACAAUUUGUAGGCUCUUCACACUAUGCCAUAGCAUCCAAAAUUAGUAGCCUCAUGAGAUCUAGAGAACUUGUUCAGAAAGGAUACAUAAGGGCUGUAUCUUUACCUUGUGUUCCAGUGGGCAAUACAAAUAGAUAAAAUGACCCUGUGAUCUUGAAAAAGCAAAAGUAAUUUCCCAUCACACUAUUAAAUCUGGAUAACUUGAACUCAGAAAAACUUGAACUCAGCCACCCACCUGCAUUGAUCCCUACUAGAAAGUGAUCCAAAAUAGGCUUCUGGGUGCACAUGGGUCUGAUGAUUCCUGAAGGAGGCAAAGAUAACAGAAAAGAAGUGAUAGAAGUGCUGUCAUCAUGGAUCUCCACUCCUCAUUCCUUCCUUCAUUCACUAGGAUUGAUUCAACAGACAUUUCAUACACCUUUCAGUCAGCUACACAACAAAUAUAUAAAAGUAGCUACCAUGAGGAAGGUUCUUUGUGCAGUGGUGACUGCUUCUUUCCUGUGUCAAUGGUAAAAAUCAAAACCUAUUAAGCGAACCAUUACCCUAAAACCACAAACACUGAUAUCUUUGGACUGGAAGAACAAAGUGACACAAGGUUGGAGGUGGUAGCUGAGUGUGAUCCUUCCUCCCCACUAGUGCUGGUAGGACAACUCAAGUUACAAGAAACAUUCUCAGGACAAGAUCUCUGCAUAAAGGCUUAGCAACGACCCAUUUCCUUAACAACAAGGUCUAACAUGGUGAUUUGUCCUGUGGCUAGAUUCCAAUUCAACUCUCUAACAUAGGAAUUGACCCUUUAGCAUUUAGAGUAAGAUUAUUCAUAAAGAAGGGAGAUUAGAAGCCAAAUGCAGAAAAAGCAAUCAGGUAAAUACAGAAGGAAACUCCAUUUGUGAUUGUGAGAUAGAGACAAGAUGCCUCACUCCUAGACUGUUACAUCA